CCCUGCUGUUGCUCUCUGGGAUAUUUCAGCAGAGACGCAAGACAAUGGUCCAUGGUGCCUACAUUUCUCUCAGAGCACGGCGUGAGGAAUGAAGCAUUGCCAUGGGUUUUAUGGAGUUAUACCUGGAGAUCGACCCAGUCACUUUAAACCUGAUUAUUCUCAUUGCCAGCUACGUGAUCCUGCUCCUGGUCUUCCUCAUCUCCUGUGUCCUCUACGACUGCCGAGGCAAAGACCCCACUAAGGAGUAUGAUCCAGAGCCUCCGGCCCCACAGCAGCAGUCUCCUGGUCAGCUUGUGGCGAACUCUCCACCAUCUGCCCAGUAUAACGAGCAAAACAACACCAGUGUCAACAGCUAUGUGCCACCCACCCCUGAUACACGUGAGAAGAGGAGCACACUGGUAUAAAACACUGGCCAGCAGGUCUCUCGGAUAGGAGAAAAUACUAUUUUUUUUAGUUUCUUUUUUUUCUUUUAACUUUCCAAACUGGGCUAUAAUUCCCCUACAACCAAGCUUAGAAAGGACCAGCUAUAAUCCAGGUCACGCAAUAAGAAUGCUUACAGAUUGUAGAAAUGGUGUCAGCGUAGAUUCUGGGCCCAGAGACUGAGAUCAUCUGAGAACCCUGGCUGGAUCAGAAAAAUCCUAAAGAGAAGACGUGGCUGAGGACCAUGUGCCGCUGUCUAUGAUUGCCAGUAAAACUUUUGAUCCAUAUCAGGAUAAAUGAUGUCACAUAUUUGAGAUGCCUAGUCCUAAUGACAGGUGUGUAGUGUCCUAAAAAUAUUCCUAGUUUAGAGAUUUUGAAUAUGUGAUGUGAAGUGAUAUUGGAACACCAACUUGAGCACUUCUGGAUGCCUCCACCUUGCUUUGCAUAUCACAACCAUUAAUGUUACUCUGCCAACUGCUCAGACACUGCAUUAAUAAAACUGAAUUGUAUAUAACAUAUGAAACCAGCGGGGCAGAGAGAGAGAGAGAGAGAGAGAGAGAGAGAGACUAAUAUAAUUACACAUAAAAUAAAUGUGCAAAAUAAAAUAAAAAGAUAAAUAGAUGAAUAAAAGUUGUUGAAAAUAUAACUCAGUACUGGUUUUGAAUUACUCAGCUAACAGACAAUAAGUACAUCUGUACAAUAAUAAAAUUAGAAGCUCUGAUAUAACUCUGUCAAAUAGUGUAACGUGUAAACGUUAUAUUUCAUUCAUGUUCUAUUAAAGAAGUUCCAAAACAUGAGCAGGAAUGACACAAAUAUUUUUGGUCAGAAGCAAGGAAAUUGGAAAAACUGAAGUGAACGAUUUUAGAAUUCCUUUCUUUGCAAUUUUUCAGUUCAUAGUCAGUGAUCAGUGAACAAAUAGUCAGUGAUCAGUGAACAAAAGAUUUUAUCCAGCCUCCAUUUAUUCAAUUAACAGACAAGAUGAAUUUCAUAGCUAAAGUAAUAACCUAUUAGUAAGACCAGUAGCUAAUAUCCUGCAGGAAACUGAGUCUACUAGUGACUGGAAGUGUGUAGCAUGUUUAAGAAUAAGGUACGCAGCUGAAGGAGAUGAUGGUGGAAGAACAGUGUUAGUGAGUGUGAGCUGGCGCGUGGUUUCUGAUGCUGUUUUUUCCAAGCAGAUCCACAAGCAGGCUUGGAUCAGCAUGGGAUUAACAGCAGAUCCCAUCUGCUCCCUCUGCAUUUGCAAAUGGCUUUAUAUAACCUCAUGUCUAUUUGAUAAAUGCCACAGAAAUCCCUGCAGUAUGUCAUCUGUGUUAGUGUGGGGUAAAUGGUUGUCAAGGCCACACCCAGAGGAAGGCUACACAAAUAAACAUACAUGACAGCUGCUCCGAUCACAUGUCGUUAUAGCACCGACAUAACAGUAGACCCGGACCAUUAAUCUGGAUAUAGUGAGAGAAGGGAGAGUGGGAGGAAGAUAGAAUUCAAGAGAGGAUAUUGCAGAUUUAAAUGAAUAUACUCUCGUGUGUGUGUGUGCGUGUGUAGAUAGGUAGUGGGCAAUACAGCAGCCGUGCUAAAAAAACAAAUUUACCUGUGAAAAGUGGAGCAGAGAAAUCCUUUACCUCAUUCAUACCAUUAUGUAUAUGAAAAGAUGUUGCAGGUAAAAGUAUAUACAGUAUAUUUAUAAUAAUACGUUUCCACCUAAAGGUUUCCAUUGCUUUACAGGAGUCUAGCCAUACAUCAGAGCUUCUUCUUUACAGAAAAGGUUCCCAAUUUGAAAAGUUUGACCUUUGACCAUCGAAAGAACCCUUGAAGAACCAUUCCAUCUGAUUGUAUAAAUGAAUUUGUAAUACAGUCAUAUUAACCAGUGCAAAUUAACCUGCCUAAACUGUAUAAACCUGCUCAGUUCUCUGUACUGUAUCACAAAACUCUUUCUUUCUUUCUUUCUUUAAUUUACCAAAUAAAUGGUUUGGUCUGUCAGCUAAGUAGAAGUGUUGUUCCUACUUGAGCUGCUUGAUGAGCAAGGACGUUAAAGAUACAUUUUAUCCUCUUGACAUGACGACAGUCAUGAUGAUGAAGAGAAGACUCAGGAGGUGGGGGUUGGGCUCAUGUUGACAUAAGGAUGUGACAUUUUAAACCUCUGUGACCUCUGAACAAGAAAAAGUUCAUUUUUGAAGAAAGGAUGCUCUCUAGUGGUUUGUUCCAG